AUGGUGGCAACUAUGGCUGAGGAUGGCGGAGGUGGGCGGUGGUGGCUGUUCCUCCAUUCCGGCGUAGCAGUUGAGCGAAGAUGGAAGAGGAAGACGUCGAUAAGAAAGUCAGAAAGGCAGCUUGUAGGCAUGAACCCCAAGCAUGUGAUGUUGAAAUGGGUGCGUCGUCUUGGGCCUGGAAGCUCUUUAAAGAACAGGUAUGUUGCAUUGGGCCUAAGCCCAAUAGAGGUAGUACCGAAGGGACAUAUGGCAAUUUAUGUUGGAGAAUGGGAGGGAGAGAAGCAACGAGUUUUGGUGCCCGUUACACACUUGAACCACCCUUUGCUUGGGAAGCUUCUAGAGAAGGCAGAGAAAGUGUAUGGGUUUGAUCAUCCAGGUGUAAUAACCAUACCUUGUGGAAUAUCAGAGUUCCAGAAAGUUCAGCAGAAUAUUUACUCGGCACAACGACUCCAAAGGCGACGCCAAAUAUGUUGCUCUAUCUAUAUCUAUAAUACCAAAUACUAA